UGGUAGUAGGGCUCUAGAGUUUCAGGAUUUCGGGCCAAAAAAAUAUAUUGCAUGAUUGGUCUACCCUCAUAUCUCGUCUGUACCCUAAUUUUAUAGGUUCUUAUACAUACUAAUGUGGUACAACACUUGGCUGUAUGGUGCAGCACCUACAUUGUGAAACAACUAAGCAAUGGAUGGGAGGACUCUCAUUGCUUCUUUGUUAAUACUUAAAAUCAAACAUAAACAUCAGUCGUGUGCUACAUGCUAGAUAGAAAACAGCAAAAAUGUCUGAAAAUUCGGUAUAUGAUAUGGCCUACCGCGGCAAAACCACAGACGUUAAAAAUUUAUUAAAUGAAAAUGAAAGAUUAAAAACAGCUAAAGAUGGUAACAGUCGAAUGUUAAUACAUUGGGCAGCACUUGGAGGACACGAUGACUUAGUAAGAUAUUUAUUAUCUCUUGAUGUACCGGUAGAUCCUACUGAUGAUAUGGAUAUGACACCAUUAAUUUUGGCAGCAUCAGCUGGUCGUGAGAAAGUUGUUAAUACCUUACUAAAUGAAGGUGCAAAUGUUAAUGCCAAAACUCAAGAAGGCCAUUCAGCAUUGCAAUAUGCGGCAUCAAAAAACUGGAAAUCUAUUUGUGUUGCAUUACUAGAAAAAGAUGCUUAUAUUAAUAUUACCGACAAACGUGGUGCUACACCACUACAUAGAGCCGCAUCUAAGGGCAAUAUUGCUAUUGUGAAACUUCUCAUAGAAUAUGGACGAAAUUUAGAUAUCGAUAGUAAAGAUGUUGAUGGCAAUACUGCAUUACAUUUAGCAUGCGAGGAAAAUCGUGUUGAUGAAGCUAAGUUGUUAGUGAAAAAUGGUGCUACCACAACACUGAUGAAUAAACAAAAGAAAACGCCUCUGGAUUUAGCAAGUCCAGGAUUAGUACGGCAACUGAAAGAACUACAGGGAAAUUGACCUUUAAUAAUAAAAUGAAGCAUCAAUGUCAUUGGCUCAGUGAUGUUCAAUCUGCGUUUUUUUAGCGUUAAUGCAAACUUAAUAUUUGAUAAUAUGAAAGGUGUGUUAUGUUAAUUUAUUCAUACAAAUUCGUACAAAUAAUUUUGUUAUGUUAAAGAUAAUACAGAUAUGAGAUAUAUAUGAAUGAAUUCCUAUAUAGUUUUUAAAUAACAAGUAUUCAAAAAGAGGAAGAAAAACAAGAACUUACAUUAAUUAUAGUUAGCAUCUCAAUGUACAAUAAUUUUUAUAGUUGUAAGAGAUACAAAAUGAAUGAAAAUAACAUUAAUGUUUUCUUCAACUUGAAGAUACAGCGUUCUUCCAUACUACAUGAAAAUGUUAUCAAAACAAAUUGUUUAUAUGGGAUAAUGUUCAAAAUGCCAAUAUUCAAAAUAAUAUAUGGCAUAUAACUAGAAACUAUUUUAUAAGAUUGUAUUAAUUAAUUUGCAAACAAAAUUUAACAAAAUCAUUUAAUCUAAAACCGUUGAAACUAUUUCAUCUGCUGUCUAUCUGAUAUAAAUAAUUUAACAUAUUUAUUUGAAUAAAAAAAGUCAAACGAAGGUGAAUAUUUCUUAUAAAAGUCUUCAUCUUCGUAAAAAUAUGGAUACUAAAUGGAACAAACGUUUCUCAAUAAUGUUAAUAUAUAAUAUAUAAAUCUCAUUUGCUUUUUAUAUAUUACACAAAAUUAAAAUCAUCUAUUAUUAUAAAACUUCAAAAUCAUGUGUAAAUAGUUUAAAGAACUAUUAAUUUAAAGAAUUAGUUUCCUAGCUUAAAAAAAUUCUAUUAUUCAAAAAUUUGUGUGUUUAUAACAUUCUUUUCAUAUCUUUCAUGUAUGUUAAUUUAAAAAAUGUAUUAAGCAAUAAUAACAAAUAUAUUACAUAAUUAAAUAUUCGAUGCUCUUAUAUCAACAAAUUUCUCUGAAAUUCAACUAAUUUUUUAAAUUACAGUUUUUUAAAAGGAUGCUAAUAAUAAUAUAAAAUUAUAAAGAAAUAAUAUACCAAUCAUUAAUUAAAUAACCGAUUGAAAAUCACUGACCAUAACACUUUCUUAUUAUUCUCAGUUUUCAGCAUUUAUUAUGCUUUCUCUUUAACAUACUUAAGUGUUAUUAAUAUUUGAUUUAUACCUAUAUAAAAUGUAUCAAAAAGAUUCAUUAUUUAGCUGGUCAAAUCCUAUUAUCGCUGUCUCCCAUUUUUUACUCUUCCAGUUAAUUUAUUUUUUCCAUACUUAUCUGUUUCAACCCCAUUGGGAUUCAUACUCUUAAAUAGAGAUAACAUUUCCAAUUCCAAAGUUAAUUGCUUAAAUAAAAUGCACCACAGUUGAAAAUUA